GAUAUUUAUUGGCUGUUUAAGUAAUUUCUCCAAAGUUGACUAUUUGGCUAUCUUCUUCGUCUUCUUGUUUUUGGUUCUUUGUUUUGUUCGACAUCAGACGACCCGCACCAGAAACAAAAAUGGACGCCAUUGAUUCCGUCUUCGAUCCACUCCGGGAGUUCGCUAAGGACAGCGUACGUCUCGUCAAGCGUUGUCACAAGCCCGAUCGCAAAGAGUUCACAAAGGUCGCGGUUCGUACAGCGAUUGGCUUCGUCGUGAUGGGAUUCGUCGGUUUCUUCGUCAAGCUUAUCUUUAUCCCCAUCAAUAACAUCAUCGUUGGAUCUGGCUAGACAGCUGAGGCCAACAAAAGAGCAGGCCGGACAGAAUAGAAGGGAACUUAAUCUACUAUUUCAAAUCCUUACCGGUGUUUUUAUUAGUUUAAAAAGCUUAAUUUCUUUUCUACAUGGGAAGUACCAAACUCCAUCAAUGGCUGUAAUGAAUUGUCAGGAUUAUGUCUUACUUCCUGAUUAAUCCAAUGUCUUACUUCCUGAUUAAUCCAAGGUAACUGGUUAAUUUAGAGUUUGGAACAA